AUGGUGGACGGCCGCCCGCGCCGCGGCGCCGUCUGGGGCGCCGGGAGGCUCCGGGGGCUCGCCGCCGCCGGAGGCUCGCCGCCCGCGGCGCUGCCGGAGGCGCGGCUGGAAGGACCCUGGCUCGACCUGGAGGUGCCGCCGUGCGAGCUCCGGCCGGAGUUCUCCCUGGUGCCCGGCCAGAGCUUCGGGUGGAAACGGGUUGCCGCCGAUCGGUGGCUGGGGGUGCUGGGGUCCGGGGUGGUGCUGAUACGGCAGUCGGCGGAGACGACGCUGACCAGCACGCUG